AUAUUUGUCAAUAGAAGUUUACACCUGGAAAAGAUUAAAUUUUUUGGUUUUGAUAUGGAUUACACUCUAGCUGUUUACAAAUCUCCACAAAUGGAGUCGCUGGGUUUCAAUCAAGCAGUUGAUAGGUUGGUGGCCAUCGGUUACCCGGAAGCCCUCAAGAUAUAUCAGUACGAUCCUACUUUCCCCGUUAGAGGUUUGUGGUUUGACACAAAGUAUGGAAACCUGUUGAAAGUUGAUCCUUAUGGGAACCUGCUGGUCUGCACUCACGGUUUCACUGUUCUCAAAUCUUCAGAAAUAAGAACACUCUAUCCUAACAAGUUCAUUCAGCUGGAUGAGAACAGGAUAUAUGUUCUCAACACAUUAUUCAAUCUUCCUGAGACUUACCUUCUUGCCUGCCUUAUAGACUUCUUCAGCAAUUCACCUGAUUAUGUGCAUGAGCCGACAGGAGUGAAAUGCAAAGAGCUUUUCAUGUCAUUCAAGUCUAUUUUUCAGGAUUGCAGAGAUGUCAUCGAUUGGAUACACGUACAGGGUGACCUGAAGUCUAUAAUAUUGGACUCAAUAGACCAGUACGUACAUAAGGACGCCAGAUUGCCUGUCAUACUGAACAGGUUAAUGAGACAGUUUGGAGCUAAGGUCUUCCUUCUAACAAACAGUGACUACAAUUACUCCUGUAAAAUAAUGUCCUACUUGUUAGACAGCCCCGAGAAGACGUGGGAGAUGUACUUCGAUUACAUUGUCGUCGAGAGUAGGAAACCAAACUUCUUUGGCGAGGGGACCAUUCUUAGACAAAUUGAUAAGAGAACAGGCGCCCAGAAGAUUGGCAACUACACUGGACCCCUGCAGGCAGGACAGAUCUACUCUGGAGGCUCGUGUGAUGUGUUUUCAGAACUGAUUGGAGCAAAGGGCAAGGAUGUCCUGUACAUUGGUGACCACAUUUUUGGGGACAUCUUGAAGUCGAAGAAGAUUCGAGGUUGGAGAACAUUCCUCGUCAUCCCCGAACUUUACCAAGAACUUCAUGUUUGGACACACAAGCGAACUCUCUUCAAUAGACUUCAAAACCUGGAUGUACUUCUGAGCGACAAGUACAAGAACCUGGACAGUGCCUCGUGCAUAAAACCUGACAUCACUGUCCUGCAGGAGGCCAUCAGGGAGGUCACUCAUGAAAUGGAUUUGUCAUAUGGAAUUUACGGCAGUCUUUUUAGAAGUGGAUCGCGUCAGACAUUUUUUGCCAGUCAAGUGAUGAGGUAUGCAGAUUUGUACGCCUCCACCUUUCUCAACCUCCUAUAUUAUCCAUUCUGUUACAUGUUCAAAUCGCCUUCUAUGCUGAUGCCACACGAAUCAACUGUUGAUCACGUGAACUUGACAGCGGAGGAUGAAUCAUGUGACGAGGAAGGUCCCAGAAGGUCGCGUGACUUUGUUGACCAGAAGCCUGUGACCCCCUUGUUGAGGGAAAACUCAUUGGCAGUGCCCCAUCUCAGGGCGGAAACGCCGAUCGAAGUCACCCACCAUCACGACGAGGAUGACUUUGAUGAGGAGGAGGUGCUGGACAGCAGCGAGAACAUCCAAAUGAAUUGUGCUGGCAUCAGUAACAAGUUCAUCCCUACUGCCUCUGCAGAUGUUACCAUGGUUGGAGAUGGCGUGUGA